AUGUCCACUGAAUGGAAUGAAAGUGUCUAUGCAAAGGAAACUCUUGGGAAAGAAGUUGUGAGACACAUCAUUAGUCCAUAUUUUUGGAAUGACACUGUUCAAGCACUUAAAGUUGAUGGUCCUUUAGUUAAUGUACUUCGUAUGGUGGAUGGGGAGAAAAAACCACCAAUUGGCUACAUUUAUGAAGCCAUGGAUAGGGCAAAAGAAAGUAUUGAAAAGGCAUUCAAUUAUGAUGAAAGGAAAUAUAUGAAUGUUUUCAAAAUCAUUGAUGCAAGGUGGACGAAUCAACUUCAUCAACCUUUACAUGCAGCAGGACAUAUUUUGAACCCGGGGCUCUAUUAUAAAAAUAAUGAGAUGAAGACUUUAACUGAAGAAGUGUGGUUGGGAUAUCAUACAUGUGUUGAGAGGAUGAUCCUAGAUAAAACUUUGCAAGACAAAAUAGGGGAUGAGCUUGGUGUGUACAUGAAAGUUGAUGGGCUACUUGGAAUUAAGUCGGCCAUUAGAGCUAGAACCUUAAGGUCACCAGGUGAGCAUUUCAACAUUUAA